AACAUCGCGCAUCUCUGAUGGCUACCGGGGGGUCACUGAGAAUUCACGGCCUUUAACAGUCAUCAGCGGUCAUUAACGGUCAUUAAUGGCCACACCUGCGGUGCGAGCGCAGCUGUGGGGCCAACGGCUGUGGGAGAGGCUCAGGCGGAGCUCAGCUGGCUCAGAUGUGGGGCACGCAGCCCAUGGUGGGGCUUGGAGGUGGGCACCCAUUGUAGCCCCAACAUCUCUAAGGAUUCAGUGCUUUUCCUUGCUGCGGAACUGCUGAAACAGAUCUACUGGACUUCAUCACAGCCAGGAGAGGAAGAAGAGGAUGGGAGGAGAGAAAGGAGAGAACAUUAAAAGAGUUAUGGACAAAGAUUUAGAGCAAAGAGGUCUGGUGGUCAAACAAAAGGAAACAAAGAUCAGUCUACUACAUAAGAAUCUUCUCUACACGGAUGCAGAUGAUGCUAUCAGCCCAAACCUACAGUGGACGUGUUUUGAUGAUCCUGGUGUUUCUUCUGAACAUUGGCACGCUCAUCAUUUAUUUUAUUGAUCUUACUGAAGCAGAGCAAUUCCAUUUCUCCUUUCCAGACAGAGUCAUUUAUGUGGAUAAAUUCUUCAAUGCUUUCUUCGUCUUUUACUUUGGAUUACGGUUUGUGGCGGCUGAUGACAAACUGAGGUUUUGGCUUGAGCUGAAUUCUCUCGUGGAUUUUUUCACCAUCCCUCCAGUGUUUGUUUCUUCUGUCUUAAGGAAGAGUUGCUUGGGUCUGCGUUUUUUGAGAGCACUGAGGUUGUUGGAUCUUCCCCGCAUCCUGCAGAUCCUCAGGAUCACCAAGGAUAAUUACUCCAUCAAGCUCUCCAAGCUCUUUGCUGUGUUUAUCAGCACGUGGCUCACAGCUGCAGGAUUUAUUCACUUGGUAGAAAACAAUGGAGAUCCAUGGGUCCAGCCUGUAAAUUCCCAGCCCAUCACCUACUUCAAGUGCAUGUACCUCGUCAUGGUGACAAUGUCCACCGUUGGUUAUGGUGAUAUUGUGGUUCAAACAGCCUUGGGUCGAGCCUUCAUUUUUUUCUUCAUUAUUGGUGGUUUGGUCCUGUUUGCAAAUUUCAUUCCUGAAGUUUUGGAAAUUGCUCAAAACCAUAAAAGUUACAAAUCCUCCUACAAAGUGAUGAGUGGGAAAAACUAUAUUGUUGUCUGUGGCAAUGUCACUCUGAAGAGCGUUACUACUUUCCUGCAAGACUUUUUGCUUCAGGACAAAGGGAAUAUUUGCACAGAGAUCCUUUUUCUGGGAGAGUCUCUUCCCAGUCUGGAGCUGGAAGCUGUGUUCAAAUGCUAUUCACCCUACACCUCUUUCUUUCAUGGCUCCGCGCUGAACUCUGAAGAUCUGAAAAGAGUUCGGAUGGAGUCUGCAAAUGCUUGUCUCAUUCUAGCAGAUGUUUGCACUCCAGAACCCUAUGCUGAAGACAUUUCCAAUAUCAUGAGAGUGCUGUCAAUCAAGAAUCACUACCCCAAAACAAGAAUCAUUGUACAGAUAAUUCAGUCCCGUAACAAGGCAUACCUGCCAAACAUACCCAACUGGGACUGGAAGAUGGGAGACAGCAUCAUCUGCUUUGCUGAGCUGAAGUUGGGCUUCAUGGCACAGAGCUGCCUGGUUCCUGGUUUGUCCACUCUCCUGACCAGUUUGUUCAUCAGGAAAGAGAAUACAGAGACAAAGAGAAAACAUCUGAAGGACGAGACGCUUCUGGGAGACAAAGACUACAAAGUCAUGGCCUUUCAGCUCUCCGACGACUUUGCAGGCAUGACUUUUAUAGAGGUUUGCCGGUUGUGCUUUGUGAAACUGAACCUUAUCCUCUUGGGGAUUGAGCUCCAAUUUGGCAGUCGAGGAGAGAGUGCCAUCCUGAUCAAUCCAUCUCCACAGAUAAAGAUUUGCCAGAAUACAAUGGGCUUUUUUAUUGCUCAUUCUCUUGCAGAAGUCAAAAGGGCACAUUUCUAUUGCAGAGUUUGUCACAGUGACAUCCAGGAUCCAGAGCAGAUUGAGAAAUGUCAGUGUGGAAGCAAACUUCACUCAAAAACUUUCUCAGAGAAACUGAAAUCCUAUGGAGAAUCGCUUGUUUUGGAUGGAGAGCCUGCAAAGUCAAGGGUCCUAAGUAUCCUUCCACGUCAGAUAUUUGUUGAUAGAGUCCUGCAUGCUCACGAGGACGAGAGCCACAAAGUUUCCUUCUAUCUGACAGGAAGGUAUCACCAGUGUGAUGCUGUUCCUCUGUACGAAGCUCUUCUGAGCUGCAAGAACCAAACGGUGCUGUACCUGCAGAAUCACAUCUUGGUCUGCGUCUUUGGUGAUGCAAACUCACCACUGAUUGGGCUGCAGGAUUUUGUGAUGCCCUUACGAGCAACAAACUUUCUUUACCAUGAGCUGAAAGACAUUGUUCUCCUUGGGCCAUUGGAUUACCUGCAAAGAGAAUGGGAAUUUAUUCAGAAUUUCCCAAAGCUGUGGUUAUUCUCGGGUAGUGCUCUCUCCUGUGUGGAUCUGAAGGCAGUUAAUGUCCAGGAUUGCGCUGCUUGUGUCAUUCUGUCUUCAAGCACUCCUAUCUCAAACAAUCCUUCCCUGGUUGACGCGGAAAGCAUCCUAGCCAUUCUCAACAUCCAAUCCAUGGAGGUUCAGCUCAAUUCAUCCUCAGUGGAUGCUGUUUUCAGAGCAAGAGCAUUGGGGAAUCAAUCAGAGCCACGUUAUAAAAGGAUCCCCAUCACUACAGAGCUGAAGUUUUCACCAAACGCCCACUUCAUUAAUCAGUCUCCCAGCAGCAGUUCUGACAUCCCAGAGGAAGAUCUGCUUUCCCCCACCGCUGCCCCUGCAGGAGCUAUUUUCUCAGAUAGCUUCUUGAAUUCUCUUUUGUCUAUGACCUACUACAACCAUCACAUCCUGGCUUUGCUGCAGGCUUUGGUGACAAGCAGGACGAGCCCAGUGUUGGAGCAUCUGGGAGAAGAGGACAGCAGACUGAGCAGAAGUCUGGAUAACAUGGUCCAAAAUCCUUACCGAGUCAGGUGCAAGCUGGCACUCCUGCCACUGUCUGAGAGGUGGUUGUCAGGGAUCAUGGAGGAUUCCUUUGGAGACAUCUACUGCAAAGCUUUGGACACAUUUGGAAUACUCUGCUUUGGCCUCUACCGGCUGAUGGAGGAGCCCAAUCCAUACAAGAACAGGUUUGUGAUUGCUCGGCCUACCAGUGAUUUAAAGAUGUUACCCACAGAUCUGCUUUUCUCCAUCGUUCCGUUCAACAUUGCAACAACUGAAGACCUGUAAGAGGAAUUGGAGAAUUAGUUACAAAGCAAAAAAAAAAAACAAAAAACAAAACAGAUACCACAGACACCUCCAUGCCAGAAUUGAGAGACUGCAAAGUGCCCUUCAAAUAAAGAGCUAUAGAAGAAAUGGAGAUCCCACAA